AUCGCAGGUAUUGUAAUCAUAACACAUGCUCUCUCGCUCUUCUAGGUAAUUAACCUCACAAUGCUGGGCAUCCAUCUAUCACCACCAACAAACACCGAGUAUCGCCUUUGGCUAUGCAGAGCCGGCCAUAUUUAGUAUCUCUCUCGCUCCGCUGCGUUUUGCUUCACAAUGAUGAUGUUAUAUCGUUUCAAUGCUCUGCCAUGGCAUGCUAUGCCCUUCAGCCUCGAUCCCUUCAGGCAUACUGUCUAUGGAUCAAAUCACCAGACCGAGCCCAUCAAAGGAUGAAAACAAAAUUGAACGUCGUAGCAAUGGACUUGAAGACGUGUCUGGCCACUCCUCCAUUCCCACUCCCAUUCCCUCUUCGCCCCACUCACCGCACGCGCCUCAGAAACCGCAGUCACAAUACUCGACAGAGCAUCGUAGUUGACGAAUAAAUAUUUUGAUACAAAAGUCCACGCCCGCAUGAACACUAUGAAAGCCGUCCGCACCUCAGCGCAACAGAAGCGCGCGGAUUUCCCAA